AUGAAGAAGCCAUCAUAUGUAAUUAUGAAUAAACAAAAUUGGUGUUCUUAUGUUCGUCAACCAAGUCAACUUGACUUAGUAGAGUUCUUUGAAAACAUCAUGAAUGAAUAUGAGAAGAUGAAGAAAGACGUAUUUUUGAGACAACUCAAAUCUUAUGAGAGGUUACAUAUGUCUCCAGAUUCAAGUAAAGAUGAAAAUGAAGACAUUGUUAUAAUUAUAGAAAAAGGAGAACGUAAGGAAUCGUGUUUUGUUGAAGCAAAAUCCUUCUCAGUAAUAAGAACAAGUAAAGUUGGUAGAUAUAACCUUUACAAAGUAGCUAUCUUUUACCAAGGUGACAUAAACAAUGCAUUAUUAUAUGAAAAUAAAUCAGGAGUACAAAUUUUUGGAGAAGGGUAUAUAUAUUUUUAUAUGAUGGAUCUGGAAUACGAUGGCAUCUAUCAUUUCUUUCAACUAUUCGAAAUCAAGCUUGCCCAAGAAUUUUUAGAGUUCAAUCUCAUGCGAAAAUUAAUAUUGGAAACAUAUUUUUUUAAGUAUCAUAUUGAUAAUUAUUACUCAAAUCGAAAUAACCACAAUCGCUCUUUUCAACCAAGUAGUUUCAUGCAUAAUCCAACUAUUAUACCCAAGACACCUAAAAAUGCAAUUUCAGAUAUUAGUCUAA